AGAGCCAGCUGGAGAAGACGCACAGCCAAACCAUCCACUUUUAACAUAUAUAUAUAUAUAUAUACACAAUUCUUCUUCUAUUCUUUCUAUAAGCAGCUAAGCCGCAGGGUGGGUUAUUCAUUCUGGUUCUAAUGCUAGCUAGCUAUCUACACUGAUCAGAUAUCAUCGCCAUUACUACCAUCAUCAUCAAUUUCUAAAUGGGGAAACCAACAGCCCCCUCCUGUUGCUUCUUUGCGGUUGCAGUCUUAGUCUUGUUGUUAAGCAGCAGCAGCCACUCGGUCCUCCCAAUAGCCGCAGCAGCAGCAGAAGCAGCUUCAAAUGAUCAGGAUGCACUGUUUGCCUUGAGGUCCACUAUAACAUCCGAUCCUUUCCAAAUUUUAACCAAAAACUGGUCCACCGCUACGUCAGUUUGCCGCUGGAUCGGCGUCUCUUGCGGUGGCGGUGGCAGAGUCACAGCUCUUAACCUCUCUGGCUUCGGCUUUGGAGGUACUAUCCCCCCGCACCUUGGCAACUUAACAUUCCUCGCUUCUCUCGACAUCCACGCCAACAACUUCUCCGGAUCCCUGCCCGCCGAGCUGUCUUCUCUGCGCCGGUUACGGUCGUUUGAUGCUGGAUUCAACAACUUCACGGGGGCCAUGCCGUCCUGGUUUGGAAUGUUAGGAGGCCUUCACUCUAUUUUAUUGGACCACAAUAGCUUCUCCGGCCGCAUUCCGCCAUUAUCACUAUCAGCAAGUAACUCCAGCCUGCUGCAGGUACUGAGGUUAAGUUACAACUCUCUGUGCGGAAGUAUUCCGCCAGAGAUAGGCAACCUUACCUCCCUACAUACAUUGGACCUUAAGUACAACCAAAUUACAGGCCUCGUCCCACACGCCAUCUUCAACCUCUCGUCUCUUGAAUCAAUCGAUGUCACCGGGAAUCUCUUGUCCGGUACUCUUCCAAAUGAUAUUUGCAAUCAUCUUCCCCAACUUGGAGGUCUUUUUCUCUCUCAAAAUCAACUUAGUGGCCAAAUUCCAUUCAAUAUUCACAAGUGCACCAAGCUCCAUGAUUUGUCCCUGUCCUAUAAUCAUUUUGACGGCAAAAUUCCAAAGUCGAUCGGAUGGAUGACAAUGAUCCAAAGGUUGUAUCUGGGAGUAAACGACUUUCAUGGGGGAGUUCCACCAGACCUACGCAAUCUCUCACAUCUUCAGCUUCUCAGCUUCCGUGGCGCCUCCCUUACAGGGCAAAUUCCAUCUUUCGUCUUCAACAUAUCUUCUUUGGAAGUGCUAGAUUUUUCUAACAACAGCCUGUCGGGACGCAUUCCAUAUUCCCUGGUUAGUAACCUCUCCAAUCUCCGGGAGUUGUACCUUCAUUCGAAUCAGCUGGCAGGUCACAUACCCAAGCAAUUUGGUAACCUCACGGCCUUACAACACCUAUCUUUAGCCAAUAACAACUUCACAGGUGAAUUACCAGCUGGGCUUGGAACUCUUGAUCUUGUGACUAUCAAUGUCCACAACAAUAGCUUAACCGGUACCAUCCCACCUUCAAUGUACAACAUGUCAGCAGUGACCAUGUUGGAGCUUUCAUCCAAUCACUUCUCAGGGCAUCUUCCUUCUACGUUCGGGCUUUUGCUUCCCAGUCUACAAGAGAUUUAUUUGUCUGAUAACAAACUAACUGGACAGAUUCCGAGCACCAUCAGCAAUGCUUCCAGCCUUGCCAUCAUAGGCAUGGGAUCCAACUCCUUCUCUGGCACAAUGCCUAACCUGGGUGGUUUGAGGUUGCUGCAACGCCUUCUAAUGGGAGGAAAUAAUUUGACAGGAGAAUCGCCAAAUCAAGAAUUGAGGUUUCUGUCCUCGUUAACAAACUGCCGCCUUCUAUGGGAAAUGGAACUUUCCCUGAAUCAACUUGAUGGUACUCUUCCAGCCUCAAUAGGGAAUUUCUCAUCUACACUCGAGAUUCUUAAUGCAUUUGGAUGCAGAAUAAGUGGUUCCAUUCCCGCUGAGAUUGGAAACUUGACAAAUUUGCGUGACUUGACUUUAGAUAGCAAUGAGUUGACGGGGCUCAUUCCCCCAACACUCGGAGACUUAAGCCAACUCGUCCGUAUAUAUCUUGAACACAACAAGCUGGAAGGAUUCAUCCCCACCCAACUUUGCCAGAUAGGCAACUUGGGGGACUUGUACGUGAGCGACAAUGCUCUUCGUGGCCCAAUUCCAGCUUGUUUGGGUGAGCUUAAAUCCCUGCGAAGUUUGUACCUUGACUCCAACAGAUUGGAAUCAUAUGUUCCCUCGAGCUUGUGGAAUCUGGAUGACCUUCUGGGGUUGAACUUGUCCACAAACAUGCUAAAUGGAUCUUUGUCGUCUAACAUUGGAAACUUGGCAGUCCUCAGAGAUUUGGACCUGUCGUGGAAUCAGUUCUCAGGUGAGAUCCCAACUUCUAUGGAAAAAGCAGAGUCAUUGGUCACCUUGUCUCUAGCGCAUAACAGUCUUCAUGGCUCCAUUCCUAGCUCCAUGGGAAACUUGAGAGGGUUAGAAUCCUUGGAUCUCUCCUUUAACAACCUUUCAGGAUUUAUCCCGACAUCGCUGGAGGGACUUGUGUUCCUUCAGUACUUCAAUGUGUCCUACAACAGACUAGAAGGCCAUAUUCCUACAGGAGGUAAAUUUACCAACUUCACGCCUUCAUCAUUCAUGAGCAACUAUGGGCUAUGUGGUGAAGAUCGUCUACAUGUACCGCCCUGCAAAGAAAACAUAAAGAAAAGAACUUCAGCCUCACUGCUGAAACGAGUUGUGCUCCCUUGUGUAUUAGCGAUCAUUAUCUUGAGUGUCGUAAGUAUUCUGCUAAUUAUGAGGAUUCGAAAAUCAAGCACAGAACUCCCUGCUGAUGAAGUAUCCUUGCUUCAAUCUGGGAAAGGGAUAUCUUACCUCGAACUUGUGCGGGCAACCAAUGACUUCAACGAGAGCAACCUACUUGGGAAUGGAAGCUUUGGUUCGGUAUAUUUAGGAACACUUUCGAAUGGUGCAGCCGUUGCAGUAAAAGUUUUCAAUAUAGAAUCCGAUAAGUCAGCCAAAAGUUUUGAGACAGAGGCGGGUGUGCUGAGUGGUAUUCGCCAUCGGAAUUUGAUCAAAAUACUUGGCUGCUGCAGCAAUAAAGAUUUCAAGGCUUUGAUUUUGGAGUAUAUGCCGAGGGGGAGCCUGGAUAAAUGGUUGUAUGCCCACAACAAUUUCUUAGAUUUGGUGCAAAGACUAAACAUAGCAAUCGACGUUGCGUGUGCCUUGGAACAUCUGCACCUCGGUCACACAGUCCCGAUUGUUCAUUGUGAUCUAAAGCCUAGCAACGUCUUGCUGGAUGAAGAUAUGACAGCUCAUGUCAGUGAUUUCGGUAUCGCCAAACUCUUGGAGGAAGGCGAGUCAAUGGCUCAAACUAGAACCUUGGCAACAAUUGGAUAUAUGGCACCAGAAUAUGGAGCUCAAGGCGUGGUAUCAACUGGAUCUGAUGUUUACAGUUUCGGGGUGAUGCUGCUGGAGCUGUGCACCCGAAAGAGGCCUACCGAUGAAGAGUUUGGAGGGGAGUUGAGCUUGGAGAGUUGGGUGCGCAUCUCAUUGUAUGAAAACAACAAGAGCAUCAAUGAGAUUGUGGACGCGAACCUGUAUGGAGAUGGAAAUGGAAAUGAAGAGGGAGAGGGAGAGCGGCUUGUUGUUCUUGACCGGGCGGCGAAGGAGCAAUGCCUGUCAUCUAUCCUGCACUUGGCGAUGGAGUGCGUGGCCAUGUCGCCAGCUGAUAGAAUCCAGAGCGGUACACUUGUAGCCAAGCUGGAGCAGAUUAGAGCCGCGUACAUGGCAAUCUCUCCUAACUCAUCAGCACACAGGAACAAGCCCAGACGUCCCCAGCUAGCUAGCUAGCAUUAAUUAGUUAAUUACUAUUUAGCAAGCUGGCCGGCUUGUAGGCCGAGAAAAAAAACCCUUCCUCCAGAACAACGUCGAAGGCAACGCAGCCAGUCAUUCCUCCCUCUUCGUCGUCGCCUCCAGCUCGCUCCACCUUCACCACCGCUAACCAUCUCCCUCUUCUCGUGAAGAUGUCCAACAGAGACAUAAUAGACUUUGAGUUCUUAGGAAACAUAAGGGGAGAGGAGUGCAGAAUACAGACCAAUAACAUGUACUGUAAUGGAAGCACCAGCAGAGGCAGAGAAGAACGAUACGGCCUUGGCUUCGAUCCAUCCGAUGAUUUCCACCAAUACUCAAUCUCAUGUGAGUUUUAUGCAUUGAGACGAAGAUGUCGUGGGUGGGAGGAAAUUCAUUGAACUGCUUUUGUUUCGCUGCAGCUGUUGGCAUUAAAUUGCUAAACUCACUAACGAGAGAUGAUUUAAAAAUAUCUGCAGUGAUAACUUCCUUGAAUGGAUUUUAUUUCCUGCUCUGUGUUUGAGCAGGUGAGGAUGUUACUGAAUAAUACAUUAUCGGCAGACUUGAAGAGCAGAAAGGAUCAGACAAUCUUGCUGCUGCCAUACCUAGGUUUAUUGAAAAGAAUGUGCAGAUAAUAAUCCUUGGAACCGGUAAAAAGCAAUUUGAGGAUCACAUUGAAAUGCUUGAGGAUUCUUAUCCUGAUAAACCAAGAGGAGUGGCAAAAUUCAACAUUCCGAAAAGCUCUUUUCUUGAUGAAAAAAUCAAUUAUACUCAAUGGCUGCAGCACCAAGUUGAGGUAUAUGUCGUGUUGGCUUUAAUUUCUGGGUGAUAAAUUGUUGCCCGAACAUUUAUUUUGUAUUCAACUUAUGUGUUUUUCGAAGGGUGCUCCAGUUUUUGUCGAUGAAUCUUGAAGGCAGCAUAGGCUUGUGAUUUAGCAGCUUUGAAGUAUUGAUGGGCCGAUCACUCAAAAUUAAUUUUCCUGUAACUUCAUUUUAGAGAUUAAUUAAAUAUCUAUAUCUGAUCUAA